AAUUAAGAAAAGAGUGUCUGUUAACCCAUCGAAGGAACCGACGAAGAAGAAAAGAAAAAAUUACACCAAAAAAGAGCAAAAAUGGCGUUGCAAUGGAUGAUAUUGACGUACGUAGUAGCAGCAGAGGCAGCAAUAGCUAUUCUGCUAACAUUGCCAUCUCCUAAAGCUCUCAAAUCUCGUUUUGUUUCUCUAAUUUCACUCGCCCUUCAACCCUCUCUUUUCGUCGUCCCUUUCUCUGCUUUUCAGCUCCUCGAUAUUUAUUGGAAAAAUGAGCAUCGAUUGAUGUGUACGGGUGAGAUUUGCACUGCUUCAGAGAGGGACCGCUACGAGAAAUCGAUCUACAAGGCUCAAAGAAAUGUGAUCCUAUGUCUGGCGGCAUGCCUUCUCUACUGGUGUGUCUAUCGUGUUUGCAAGUACUACAAGGAGAUUCAGAGCAUUGAAGAAGUAGAAAAGAGAUACAAAGACCAGUAGCUGUCUAUAUGUGCACCAAUCAUAUUAUUCAAGGCUACUUGUAGCUGAAGUAACAUUUAGACCAUGCAAUGUAACAUAAUAUGAGUCUUGUGCUUGCUUUACAAGCCAUCACUAUGAAUCUAUGACUGCUACAUAUUCAAGAGUUUGCAAAAG